AUGAAGGACCUGGUCGAGUCAUCAAUGACCGUUGUCCGGCAGUUAGCCAUAUCGUUGGAGGGGGCACUUGUCCUCGGGAAUGGCAUCGCAGGCUGGGUGGACCCGGCCGGGAUUCUUGGCCAGUCAUUGGUGGAGAAGCAACCAAGUCUGGGGUUCACAGUUGAGACAAGAGUCUGGGGAGCGACUUAA